AUGGUAGGUGCCAAAGUGUUUGAGAAACAUAUAAUCAAUUGUAGGAAGUUAGACGGCAGCAGAAGCAGCUCACGGGUGGCUGCUAAAAAGAUUGCUGAGCAGGAGCUGAUUUCUGAAAGUUCAUUCAACGAUGACGACUUCGUUAGUCCAAUGCCAGUCCCUGCGUCAUCUGGAGAUGAUGAGGACUGGAAUGCCCCGAGGAAAAGGCGGAGGACAAGAAAACGGAAGUUAUGA